CAUCCACGUUGACUGAAAAUCACAUGAGCACUGGUAAUCCUUCAGUGGAACCUCUGUCUCCUCUGCAGUCUUUGUUGUCGUGUAGCCUUGAACCUUUGAGGAAUUCAGCAAAUGAACAGAAAAAAACAGAUCUGAGCAACAAUUGAAACUGAACAGCCAACAUGCUGCCCGUCGUUGUAGCCGUUUUAAUUGGACUGCUCUUCAUCGUUUGCUUAUUUGCUCCUAAAAAGCUGUACAACACUUUGACACCAGAAAAGAGGUUUAAUGAUACUAGCAACAAUGCAGCAACUGGACAGGAGAAGCGUUAUGACCCCAAGGACUCCACACUUGUUUUUGUCGACGGAGAUGAUGAUAUGGAUUUUGAGUGCAAUGACUUCAAGUCUCUCAAAGCCAAGAUGUCCUGCGGUCACACUGUCACUCCAAUGUCUCUCACCAUCUGGUGUCGCAAACAGCUGGACCAGGGCGAGGGCAGAUUUGUGUGUGGUGUCUGUGAUGCUGAGUGGCCGUAUGAGGAGGUCCGUAAAAUGGCUCUUCUGACCCCUGAAGAAAUAAAGCACUUUGAAAAGGAAAUGUUUGCUUACGCUGCCAAGAAUUACUUUGAUGUCAAAUCAUGUCCUGGCUGCAAGUCUGCUGUGGUGAGAACUGACCUGAAUGAUCUACGGGUCAACUGCACGGUUUGCAAAGCAAAACAAAAUAAGACCUUUAUAUUCUGCUGGCGGUGUUUGAGGGAAUGGAAAGGUCCAGCAGCAAGUUCUGACCGCUGUGGAAAUGAAGUGUGCCAAGGCCCACUGAAAAUACUAAGAACCUGCCCUGAUAUCAGAUUUGAAAUUGUGAGGGGGGUCACUGGCUGUCCCUCCACCCGAGCCUGUCCCACCUGUGGUUUGCUGGUGGAGCAUAACAGAACUAAAUGUAAAAACAUCACGUGUUCUCGAUGUAAAGUGGAGUUCUGUUUUGUGUGUCUGAAGCUCACUGAAGAAUGCCUGAAGCUAAAACGAAACUCGUGGUUUGAACUUUGCUCCACUGGUGUAGCACCAAGACAGACCUCCAUACCUGUAUGGAACAGGAAGUAGUCUGUGUGCAAUAACUUCUGUUGAUUUACCACUCUUGAGACCCAUGGUCUGAAGCAUAUGGGUCUUAAAGAUUCCUUAGGUCUUCUAGUUUCAUAUGAUGCCAGUAUUUCCAGUAUAUUCCUCGAAGUGAAAAAAAAAACUGUGAAAAUUGAUAUUAUAUUGCCACACAAAACAUCGCUUUUUUUCGUUGUCUGGUAACAUUAUAUGAUUAUACAACAAUGAUAAUCAGCUAUAUACCAACUCUGAGCCUAAAAGAUAAUUUCUCUGUACAAAUGUUAAAAUGUGCACAAAUAUCAUUAUACACUGUCAUAAUUAAUCAUGUUAAUGUUGUAUUUACUGUUUGUUUUGCCAUGUUUUUCUUAUUAUGCUAUUGUAUCAUCAUUUGUUAUCAUUAUGUGU